AUGGCUCUCACUGAAGUGUCACCGCUGAAAAGCACCGUGGAAAAUCCGCAGCCCCAGGUUACUUCGUGGCACGUGAUUUUGAUUGUUGGCUGCAUCACAUUCUUAGCCCUUGGUGCCCUAGAAUCCAUGGGAUAUUUGUUCAUCGAAUACGCCAAUGAAUUCGAUGUUGACAGAAGAGCCGCUGAGUGGCCAAAUAGCGUCAUGACCGCCUUGGGAAGUUCGGUAGCUCUGUUCCUGCCACUUUUGCAUAAAAGGUUUUCAAUUAUAUUCGUCAUGGUGGCAGGAAGCAUACUUGCAGUAACGGGCCUUAUAGCUUCUGGCUUUACAAGAGAUAUAAGAAUGAUUGUUUUUACCAUGGGCGUGCUUCAUGGUCUUGGAGCCGGUACAGUUAACGCAUCCGCAAGUGUUCUGACGGCUAUGCAUUUCGAGGAACUGAGAGGAUUUGCUCUCGGUUGUGUGGCAAUUGGUAACACACUAGCAGGACUCGUCUUCCCCCUGCUACUUAAAUUACUGACGGAAACCUACAGCUUUCGAUAUUCUUUCGUUAUUUGGGGUGCUUUGGAAAUGAACCUUGUUCCUAUUUCAUGCCUGCUCAAGGUACCACCAGCAUACAGGCCCAAGUCAGGUAGAAUGUCCUCACCGUCACCCACGAUUUCUACGCCAUUUGUUGGUGGCCAAGAUCCACAUAAUGGCACCACCCAGGAGAGGUCCUGUAGGGCUGAAGAGCCUGGUCAUAUGCGCUUCCUAACAAAUGUAAUGACCCUGGCGCAGAACCCUGUCUUCUACGUACUCAUCGCAACGGCAUGCCUGUCCUCGAUGGUGCAGUUGACGUUAUUCACAUCAAUGAUUGACUUCGCCGUGGAUCAGGGAAGUUCGAUAUCUGAUGCGUCGUGGCUCACGCCCUGUUACUUAUUCUCGUGUUCCUUGGCACAUAUUAGUUUGCCUCUAUUAGCCGACAAAGGAUACCAACCACGGGGUGUGGUUCUGACUGAGUGUCUGUUCACCAGCGGUGGUGCACUGUUGCUUCUGCCGCACGCCAGAAGCUUCUGGAUUAUUCUGCUCCUUGUAGUUCUUCAAGCGGCCGGUUAUGCUGGUGGUGAGACACUGCAAGAAGUCCUGACGAUCGACUCUUUCGGCAUGAACCGUCUGUUCGUCAUGAAAGGCAUUCUGGGGACUGCUAAGAUUCCAUUCUUCUUGUGCGCUCCAGCUUUAAUUGGGAUCUUCCGAGACGUCCAAGGGUCAUACGAAAACCUGUAUCACCUAGGAGGCGGAUUGCUAAUGUUUCCUGCCGUUCUGUGGUUAAUGGUAGCGUGUAAAAGAAAACAAAAGCACAUUUUUGUGCUUCAUUGA